AUGGCGCGUAGCGAGGAAUUAGCCACGGUCGGGAGCCCUAUUCUAGCUUUCAUUUCGUUAAACCGCUAUCUUACUAAUACCCUGUUUCAUUUCUAUCAGUUCCUUCGUACGGCGAGGUUAAGCUUUUACGGAGGUGCACUGUUUGGUCCAGCCAUGACAACGUGGUACUCCUUCCUGAAUAGAAUCGAAUUCCCCAGCCCUACUAAGGCGUUGGUGUACCGGGUUUGGCUGGAUCAAGCUAUCCUCACGCCAGUGCCUGUUGCCUUCUUCUACGGAUCAAUGAGCAUUCUUGAAGGAAAACCAGAAGAGGCAACGUCUCGUAUCAAAGCCGCAUCCGUACCCACCAUCAUCCGAAACUGGUGCGUCCUCACAGAUCCCCAGUGGCGUCUGCUGAUUCUGUUUAGGGGAGUAUACAUUCCAACACAACUGAUAAACUUCUCAAUCGUCCCACCACAUCUCCGUUUCUUUACCGUUAGUGUUGUCAGUUGGUUCUGGAGUAAGCGCCUUAUGUUCUGUCACUUGACUGGAGACAGCUGA